UUUUUGAAAAAACAAUUAAAAAUUAAAGUGGGUUGUAAGAAAAUAAUUUAUAUUUUAAUUAGUUUUUGAAAAAGUAGUUGGUUUUUUGCUGCUCUAGCGAAGAUAAAGUCAGUAAGGAGUCUCAAAAUGACGGCAGUUGAAACUGUGACUGUGAAUAAACACAAGGAUGUUACGUGUGUUUUAUCAUCUGACUGCAUAUCCGCGAAGAAAAAAGAUGUCGUUGACUUAACUGCGGGAUUUCCAGAUUAUUUUCCGCCAGAGCAUUUGACGUCUGCACUGCAAUCCCUUGUUCGAAAUGAGGACAACAUUUUGACUCAUCAGUACAGCAAAAAGAUGGGGCAUCCAAAAUUGACAAAGAUCCUUGCGAAACUCUACGGUGCCGAACUGAAGAGGGAGUUGAACCCGAGGACAAACGUGUUGGUGAACGCUGGUGGAGUCCAUAGUCUCUUUUGUAGCAUCUCUUCCAUUGUCAAACCUGGAGAUGAGGUGAUAACUUUUCAACCAGCCUUCUAUAGUUACGAAAGAAUUAUAAGACAUUGUCAGGGCAUCUCUGUACACGUUCCGCUCAAACUCGUCAGAAAUGAAACAGCGAAAUACAGUAAAAAUGUUGUCCAAAAUGGAACUAAUCACAAAGCAGAAACGAACGGUCAAACUUCUGACCAGCCUUAUGACGUAGAAAGCACUGAAGGACAAAACACUGGACGGUUUGUGUUUGAUGAAGAUGAAUUGAGAUCAAAGUUUUCAACCAAAACAAAACUCAUCAUCGUCAACACUCCCCAUAAUCCAUUCGGAAAGGUGUUUACACUGAAAGAACUGACAAUAAUAUCGAAAUUAUGCAUUGAGUAUGGGGUGAAAGUUAUCUCAGAUGAGGUCUACGAGCGUAUGGUUCUGCCACCAAACAAGCAUCUCUCCAUUGCUUCUCUACCCGGAAUGUGGGAGCGGACGAUAAAAAUUGGCAGUGCCGGGAAGUGCCUGUCAUCGACUGGAUGGAAAGUGGGAUGGUGCAUCGGUUCGGAUGAUAUGCUUAAGGAGGCCGGCAGGUUGAACAACAUGUCCAUUGGUAGGAGCUGUUCUAUCCUAUCGGAAGCAAUAGCAAUAGCUCUGGAGGAAGAAUACGAAAGAAGAGAAGAUCCUAGCAGCUACUUAAAUAGUCUUCCAAUCGAGGUAUCCAACAAAGUGGAUCAAGUGCUGGAGAUGUUUAGAAAGGUAGGAUUGAGACCCAUCAAACCGGAGGGGAGCUACUAUCUCAUCAUUGAUGUGUCUGCAAUUGAUUGUGGAUCAGAUGAACCGGAGCUCACCAAAGAUUUGCAAUUUGUUAAAUGGCUUCGAAAUGAAAAGAAAGUAAAAGUUUGGCCAGUUUCUAAGUUUUACGAUAACAAAAAUAAAGACGAAAUUGAUCUGAAUCUGGUCAGAGUUUGCUGUUUCAAGAGCCAAGAAACUUUAGAUAAAGUGGGAAGAAUGUUUGAAGGCUGGGAGAUCUAAGUUGCUUUUCUCAAAAUUCCUGAAUUAACUUCAAACUUUUACAUGCUUCUAACAAAUUAUAAUUAAAAUUGUAUUGAAUUUUUUGUUUUAAUAAAAUAAAUUCGCUUCCAAUUACAUUGAAAAA